CAGAGUACGUAACGUUAUUGAACAAUUGCGCCCGAAGACCAAAAAAACAUAAAUAAAUAAAAAAUUCACAAAAAACCGAAUUAAAAAUCUUGUGAAAUGUUACCACCAUCGCGCCAACAGGUUUUGCGUUUGUAUAAACAUUUAAUACGUUACGGCAAUCAAUUGCAAUUAACCGACAAGUCAUAUUUUUUGGGCCGGGUGCGACGUGAGUUCCGUGAGAAUUCCAAAGAAACGGAAUCACAUAAAAUUGAAUUCAACUUUAAGAGAGGAGAAACACUUCUGCGUAAGGGACGCAUACUCUAAAAAACUACAAACAAUGUUGCAAAAUUGUUACAGAACCUUGGGGUUGGUGGGAAAACUUAUUGUUGCCGAACAAAACACUAUUGCACAUAGCUUAAGA